CCAAUGAAGUGGGAACAACGACGACAUUAGAAGGUAAUACAACAACAAUAUUGACGUCAACAACGACAGAACAAGUAAGCACGGCAUCGUCUGUAGUUACAUCGUCCACUAUUGAAACUACGUCAACACCAUUUUACACCACUACCGUUAAGAAAACAACAGAAGAAAAUACAAUGUGGCCCACUACUGGAGAGACAUCUACAACUUCACAGUUAAGCACAGAGAUGACAACUCCAUCAUCAACGAUGAUAACCACUGUAGUUGAAUCUUCAUCUGUACCUACUGUUAGCAGCCAACCAACAACAUCAAGUACUGAAAUUACUCAAGUUGCAACAACAAUUGAAGGCGAAACUACUCUACAAACUACCAAGUUCGAAAGCACUUCAACACAAGCUCCGACUACUGCUUUAUCGACCACUUCUGAAUCAUCAACUUCACUGCCAUUCAAUACAACAACAGUCAGUGCUACUACUACCCAAGAGAUAAGUACUUCAUCAUCUGUUAUUACAACAUCAUCAGUUGAAACUACAAUGACACCAUUCUUUACUACAACUGUGGAAAGAACUACUGGCGUCACCGUCAUAAUAGUCACAACGACAGAAACCACCACCCACGAGGUAACUUCUACUCUACCAACAACUACAUCGUUAUCUACAAGCAAACCAGUUCCAAGUACUACAUCUUCAACUGUAAUAACUACUGAGAAGACAACACCAGAGGGCAUCACAACCACACGUGUUAUGACAAUUCCAACAGUAGUAGAAAGUACAUCAACUGUAGUGAGUACUCCUGAAGGCACAACUACGGAAACUGCUACUACUACUUAUGGUCUUACGAGUACAUCUACCGGGACAAGCACCGUAGAAGCGACAACAAUUGAAAAAUCCACUACAGAAGGAAUGUCUACAUUCAGUG